AGGGACCGUGACAAUGUGCUCUCCUCCACCGAAGGCACCUCCGUGCGCGUCGACUCGCGUUAUCUGCGCGGUGGGUUGUGGGUGUGCGAGCGUCGAAGUAAAAUGGCGGACUUGGCAAACGAAGACAAGCCUGCCAUAGCGCCCCCUGUGUUUGUUUUCCAAAAAGAUAAAGCACAGAAGCGAUCUGCGGAUGGCUCAAGUGCGGAGGAUGGAGAAGAUUCAGAUAAAGACGAGGCAAGCUAUUGCCCCCCAGUGAAAAGGGAAAGGACCUCAUCGUUCCCACCCCCACAUUCUGCUCCCAAGAACAAUGUAUUCAUGCCCUCAAGUUUCUGCCAGUCUCCGACUGGGAACUCUGACUCUGAGCCAGAGGAGAAGCCCGUGGGAUUCCGUUUAAAGCCACCAACUCUCAUACAUGGACAGGCACCGAGUUCAGGUGUCCCAAGUCAGAAACCCAAGGAGCAACAACGCAGUGUCCUCCGCCCUGCAGUUCUCCAGGCACCACCCUCUAAAUCACAUAUAGAGUCCAAUUCCAGUUGUGGAACCAAUGGUGUGAAAAAGUCAUCAGAUGGUGACCAUUUGACCCAGUCCCUCUUCCUGAACAAUACAGAGCAUUCAGCCACGCUGGCCAAGUCACAGAAACAUGAAAAUGAGGAAGAUGGAGCAAGUGGUAACAAUGAUGAAGGUGAAAGAGAGAAGAAGGAGGGAGACGUAGCAAUAUCUUUUGUGUUUGGUCAGAAUAUCAAAGACAGAGCAAAGCUGGAAGAGAACAGUACAGAAGACAAGUCAAAGGAUAGUGUGCCACUGGACUCCCAAUCAGAAGGCACUAAUUAUUUCUUACAGUACAUCUCUACCCCAAGUGCAAAAAAUGCCACAAACAGUACAGACGGUGGAGCAAAAUUUGUUUUUGGGCAGAACAUGUCUGAAAGAGUUCUGAGCCCCCCUAAGGGUGAGUCUGCAAAUGAGGAAAAUAAAGAGGUUCCAGCUCCCCCCGCUUCAGAGCCCUCUUCACAGGAAACCACCCCAGAGAAGGUGAACAGCGUGUCAGAGUCUUUGGAGGAGUCUGCAGCAGCAUACACCAAAGCCACAGCCAAGAAGUGCAUCUUAGAGAAAGUUGACGUCAAAACCGGAGAGGAAUCGGAAAGCAAUGUUUUACAGAUGCAGUGCAAGCUAUACGUUUUUGAGAAAACCGCUCAGUCGUGGAUAGAGAGAGGUCGAGGUUUGCUGAGGCUCAACGACAUGGCAUCGACGGAAGACGGCAUGCUACAGUCUCGUCUAGUGAUGAGGACCCAGGGCAGCCUGCGGUUGAUCCUCAACACCAAACUUUGGCCCCAGAUGCAGGUGGACAAGGCCAGCGAGAAGAGUGUACGAAUCACUGCCAUGGACACAGAGGACCAGGGGGUCAAGGUCUUCCUAAUAGCGGGUAGCUCUAAGGACAUAGGUCAGCUGGCUGCAGCGUUACAUCACCGCAUCUUGGCCCUGAAGAGCCGGGCAGAGCAGGAGCCCGAGGCGCCGGCGACAACCAUCCCCGACGCCGAAGUACCGCAGUCCAACGAGGACGACAGCGAUGAGGAGGGCAACGCCUCCGCUUCUGCUUCAGCCUCCACUCCUGCAACAAGUAAUUCAGAGGGAGGAGAGAGCCAGGCAACAGGGAGCACAUAGCGUCACUCGUGGACAGCCCGCCAAGAUGCUGCUGUUAAAGCUUUUUGCUGUAGGCAUCACCAUGGACAACCCCUUGACCAACAUGGGUCCUCCAGACCAGUACUUUUGGAUAUUAGAAGUCUAGCUCCAGGAAAUAACCCCCCGUGCCGGAGUGUCUCACUCAACUUGUGCAGUUCAUCUUCUCUGCAUUCAGCGUAAUAUCUGGAGUCCUUUUUUCCCCCCUCCCUCUCCUGUUUUUGUGUUUUCUUUUUGUUCUCGAGUAUUUUUUUUUCCCUCUCCCCCAUAGCAAAAAUAAAGACUUCAAAGCUUUGGUUUGGGACUUUUCUGCUCAUCAUAUUGAUGAGCGUAAGGGUGUUUUCCUCUACAUUUUAAAGUAUGGCACAUGUUAAGACUGCAGUUUCUACUUUGGGACCUUUUUACUCACUCUACAGUCGAACCUCUGGACACCACACAUCCAGAGGAGCUUCAUUCACAAUGUAUUUGACUCGUCAUCCAGUCAGUUGUUCUACAUCCAGUCCCGCCCGCCCCGUCCUCCCCCAUCCCAACCAGUCUGUGCGUUAGGUUUUGGAAAAUGUAAUUUAUUUUGGGCCGUCAUUUUCAUUAAGGCAUCUCAACACAUGUGCUGUUUGUAAUGGCUAGCCAAGACCACUCAAGUUAUCAUUAAUAGCAGUUUCAUAUAUUUCUUAUUGACCUAUAUUAUAGUGGUAAAAGACUGAAACUGUGCAGUUUCUGCUAAUGUGAGUGACUUAUGAGGACAAAAGGGCAGAAGGAUUCACCUCAAAUCUUUCUCUAAAUAAAAAAAGAUGUUAGUCAUUCACCUUAUGGAAUUUUUUUUUAAAUUUUUUUUUUAAAGAAAGAUUAACUCAUCAGUCUACAUUCUGCAUGUAACUGUUAUUUCUGUUUUCUUUUCAGCAUCCCGAGAGUUUAUUGUGUUGAUAUAUUUUUUAUUUUGAAAAUAUUAAAACUUUUUAUCCAUUCCCACUUCAAAAACAUGAUGGAAUGAAGACUUAACUUCAUGUGUGGAUAAUUGAGUGAAACUGUAAUACCCUUUUUGAAUGUCAUGUACAUUUGAAUAUAUCAUCAUUUAGUAGCGCACCAUGUUUUCUCAUCCCCUCCAACUGCCCCCUUUACAAAAUAAACCAUUUUGGACUGACA